AGAGCUCUAAGGUUCAGAUCCACCAUAACACCUGGCUCCACUUCCCUCCCCCUAGGCUGGGGCAGUCAGAGCUCUAAGGUUCAGAUCCACCAUAACACCUGGCUCCACUUCCCUGGACACAACCUGCGCUGGAUCCUCACAUUCACUCUGCUGUUUGUCCACGUCUGUGAGAUCGCUGAGGGAAUCGUCUCCAACAAACAGAUGGACACCAAUCACCUCCACCUCUUUAUGCCAGCGUUUAUGGGUUUCAUAGCAGCCACUACAUCUGUGGUGUACUACCACAACAUAGAAACCUCCAACUUCCCCAAACUACUGCUGGCUCUGUUUAUCUACUGGGUUCUGGCGUUCAUCACCAAGUCCAUCAAGCUGUGGAAGUUUGCAGAGUACGGUGUUGGAGUGCUGCACCUGAGGUUCUGUAUCACAGCCUUGCUGGUCGUUCUGUACGGGCUCCUCAUGGCUGUAGAGAUCAACGUCAUCAGGGUCAGGAGGUACGUGUUCUUCGCCAACCCCCAGAAGGUGAAGCCUCCAGAGGACCUUCAGGACCUGGGAGUGAGGUUCCUCCAGCCCUUCGUCAACCUCCUCUCCAAGGCCACAUACUGGUGGAUGAACCCCCUGAUUAUAGGAGCCCAUAAAAGACCCAUUGAGCUGAAGAAGAUUGGCAAACUCCCCAUCGCCAUGAGAGCCCUCACCAACUACCUGAAGCUCAAAGACGCCUACGAGGAUCAGAGGCAGAAUGCCGAGGACCCAGAGAAGGCUCCAUCCAUCUGGCGUUCUAUGUACCGGGCGUUUGGCCGACCCAUCCUCCUCAGCAGUACCUUCCGUUACCUGGCGGAUCUGCUGGGCUUCGCCGGGCCGCUCUGCAUCUAUGGCAUCGUCGAACAUCUCAACAAAAAGCCUGUCAAGGAAGGGAGUGUGGUGUGUAAUUACUGA